UGAGGUGGAAGCAUCAGACCUCAACCAUCCAGCAUCUUCACUUCCAGGUACAGCAGCCUCUCGUCAGGGAGGUUUGUGUUCGGCUGCGGAUGACCCUUCUUCAGCUCAAGGUAGACUCAGGCAUAGAGGAGAGCGCGUGUAACGUGUCGGGGUUUUGUUACCAGGAAGUGGGUCGAGAGUUAUUUAUAUUUCAACAACUCGCCCUCUCGUACCCGAGGGAGAACCAGUGGUAGUAACCUGAAGCGAUACAGUCAAGCAUCCUCUGGAUCUGGUUGAAACGGAGCAGGACAAAAACAAUCGGCUCCCUGUUGCGGAACGACGACGACUGAAAAUAUCUGUGAAUCUGUGAAUGAAAAUACAGGGGGGCUGUGAGGAAGGUUAAAGUGACCAUGUGAAGGAUUCCACAUACAACAGAGGUUUUGGGAUGAAGCUCCAUGAGAAGAUUUUGACCCAUUAUCUAUCGUGUACGUCUCCAGUGGAUAAAGAAGGAUAUCUCUACAAAAAGAAAGAGCGAAAUGCCAGCUACCAGCGGCGGUGGUUCGUGCUGAAGGCGAACCUGCUCUUCUACCAGGAGCGGCCGGCCGACCGACACCUGCAGGGCGUCAUCGUGCUGGAGGGCUGCGCGGUGAGACGCUCGGAGUCCGACGGGCAGUUCGCCCUCUCCCUGGCGUUCGAGGGCACCGGACUCAAGACGUACAGGUUCGCGGCGGUGGACCGUCAGACUCAGGAGAGCUGGGUGAAAGCUCUGCUGUCGGCCAGUCACUGUUACCUCUCGCUGCUGGUGAGAGACCUGGAGAGGCAGUACGAUGAGGCCAAACAGCAACAAAGCUCUGCUGGGUCCCAUCACCGCUCCUCGGUCGGUGCCCUCAAACAGUCCCCGCCCACCAGCGUCUUCCUCCCCGCACCGGGGCCCGCGGCGGCGGUCAGGGAGACCAGGAGCUUCAGUGCCAGCGCCGUCUUGCAAGCGCCCUCGACAGCCACCAGAGUGGCCGCCAAAAAGUCCCCCAAACUGUGGCCCCGGAGAAACGCUCUCGUCACACCGCUCAACGGGCCGGCGCCUUCGUACGGCGAGUGGCCCCUGGUGGGUUUCGAUUCGCUCGAGGAGUUCAGCAAACUCCACGACUACUACGGCCAGGAGGUGAGGAAAGCGAGAGAGGACUGGCUGAGCGGUCGACGGGCCCGAGAGGAAGGAGAUCUCAUCGACCUGGGGUGAGAAAGGGAAGAAGAAGAAAAAACCUGACAGUUUAGAAACUCAAUAGGAGGAACUGAGAUGGAACGAUUCAUGUGUAUCAAAGAGGAAGUGAACCUGAAGUGUUUUGAGUUUUCCUGCAUCAGAGUGUCUGAGGCCCAGACACCUGCAGAUCAUCUCAGGUUCACCUGAUCAUCUUUGACCACAUCGAUGUGUGAAUUAUCGCACAGGAAGUGGGAACUUGUCAGACUCUCGUCUCUGCACGAGAUGAAACUAGGGUGAAACAGAAACAUCCACGCAGAGAGCAGAUAAGGCCCUUUCACAGCAGUCUGCCUUCAUCACAGUGGAAAAACACUGUGUUGCUAUUAGCAUCAACAAUGGCUCUGUUGUGUUCGCGUCCCAGCAUGAAACUAGAAACUGAAACAUCUCACCGCAGUUCAGUCACGACUUCUUUGAUCACGUUGCACAUUGAUUAAAGUGCUCACAUGUGAUGCAACUCAUUUCAUCCAUGGCAUGAAAAAAGGCUUUUAUGAUACAGUAUUAAGUAAGAGAAUGAUAUAUUUUCAUUACAUUGGAAAAAUAAAAUUCAUCUGUAGACUUGAA